AUGAACCCACAACAGUAAUCUAAAACCAAAGUGUUUAACAAUUAGUAUUCCAUUGUUAAAAAGCUAUCUUCUGGAUCUUUUGGAGUUGUAUUUCUUGGCUAGGACAUUAUCUCCAAAUAAGAAGUGGCUAUAAAAGUAGAAAAAGAAGAGAAUGAAGAAGUCAAAUCAUUGGAAAGAGAAGUGCAGAUUUUAAAGAUUCUAGAUGGACUGGAGGGAUUUCCUAAAUAUUAUUGGUCAGGAGAAGAUCUUGGUUAUAACAUCCUUGUUAUUUAAUUGUUGGGCAAAGAUUUAGCUUUCCAUUUCAAAUAACUUAAGAAAUUCAACCUGAAAUCAGUUUUAACUAUUGGAAUACAAGCUGUAAAUUUAUUAGAGAGGGCUCAUUCAAAAGGAGUAAUACAUAGAGACUUAAAACCUGAGAAUAUGAUAUUAGGAAUAGGGAAUGAAAUUUCUAAGUUAUAUCUAAUUGAUUUUGGUAUCAGCAAAGUGUAUAGAGAUGAAAAAGGAAGACAUAUGUAAUUAUUCAAAUAGAAUUUAGUAUUUUCAAGGAUUAAAAGUCCUUUUUAGGAACCACUCGUUAUGCAUCAAUAGCAGCUCAUUUAGGUCAUGAAUUAGGACGAAAAGAUGAUUUAGAGUCUUUAAUGUAUAUUUUACUCUAUUUUUUACGUGGGUAAAUAACAAUUAUAAAUAAGGUAGUUACCUUGGUAGAACAUGGCCAAUGUAACAGAUGAUGAAAGAACCUAAAAGGUUGGAGAAUUGAAGUUAUCACUAGAAAAUGAAUUGUUUAGAGAUCAAGUUCCAGAGUUUUAGAAAAUUUAUAAGUAAUUUUUUCUAUUUAAUAAAAAAUAGUACAAUAAGAAGAUUACAAUUUAAAUAAGAACCAGAUUAUAAAAUGAUAUUAUAAGAACUCAGGAAAGCAGCAGAUUCUUAAAAUAUUAUUCUAGAUGGAAAUUAUGAAUGGUCUGAAAUAAGAUAAUCCACUCAUUAUUAAACAGAUACAAAUUAGAAUUUAAGUAAAAAAAAUAUUUAGUUUAAUAAUUCAAAUGAGAUGAAAAAAUCAAUUGAAAAAUAAUUAUCAGGUGCUAUUUAACAUGGGUAAAAGUAAUAAUUAAAUUUAAGUUCUUAAAACUUUUUAGCACCUCCUCCAUUAUCUUCUAGAAAUAAUACUGUUUAAAGAGAUGAUAUUAGAAAGAAUUCUAGUUUGACUUAGCAAAGUAGUAUAGGAAAUUACUGUUAAUCAUUGAAUCCAAAUUAUUAGAAAUCUUUUUGUGAUGAUAAAUUUGGUAGCAAAUAAGAUAUUUUAUAAAAUAAAUAAUAAAGUUUUGAUGAUGAAAAGAUUUCCAAUUUUGGAAGUAUUGAAAUUAUUGAAAAUAGAGAGCAUUAAGAACCUUUAGUAUAAAAAUAUGAAAAAAUUAGAAAAGGAAUUACAAUGUAUAAUAAUCAUUAUUAUUAUAUUAGUAAUCUUAUAUAAAGUUUGAAAAAGAAAAUGAAAAUGAAAUGA